AUGCUUCGCCGCCUGAGCCUGUCCCGUCUUGUCGAUGGCGAAUCGACCCCGUUCCCCAUCGAGAUUGAGUCAACCAAGACAAUUGGUGACCUCAAAGACUCGGUCAAAGCUGCUCUUUCUCCUCAGUUUGACGAUGUUACUGCAAAGGACCUCACCAUCUGGUCUGUUUCGAUUCCUGUCUCCGAUGACGACGACGACGACGACGACGAGAUCCCCAUGGUGCUUGACAACGUCAACAGCAAGGACAAGAAGAAACUCAGAGCGAUGCGUGGCCUGUUGGAGGUCUUUCCAGACAAGCCGCCCAAAAACACCAUUCAUGUCAUCGUUCAGCGCCCUCCUCAAGGCGAUUUGCAUGCUGACAUCAAUAGGAUCACAGACAAAUUCUUUGCACCUGGACUGAAGAACGGGAUAUGCCAAGAGAGCAAGGACCGCGCAGAAGAGCACCCCAAACGCCGAGAGUAUAUCCACUAUAGUAUUGGACACCGCGCCGUCACCUACAAAGACUACGGAGCCAUUCAGGAAUACAACCGCAACCGCAACAGCAACAGCAACAACAGCAACAUCCAAAGCAACAUCCAAAGCAACAUCCACUACAGCAGCAACAACGACUAG